AUGGCGAUCUUUGAAAGAUGGAAAAAGUUGCAGAGAAGAAAAGGACGUAUGGAAGAGAUUGGGAUGAUCUGGACGUCACGCUUCUUCUACUCUCUCUCUCCAACCUCUUCAAGAAAAUUAAUAAAUAGAACAGUUAAAACUGGUGCAAAUGACGGUAAUAAAGUCGUGACUGAGAUGCCGAGCUUUGUUCCUCCAGUACCCACUUCCAAUCCCACUGGUACAGAGGGGAGCACCAUUCGUUCAUCUCGAAUUUCAGACUUUGGAACUCUAGAGCAAACUCUUGGUUUUCGCAUAGAGGAUGCUGUUGACAUUGGGAGAAGUAUGUAA